ACUUUUGUGGCCACACUUGUAUCACUGAUGUAUUUUCAGAGGAGGAUGCUUCCACAGAUAGAUGCACUCUCCUUUUCUCCAGUCAAAGUCUUCAGUAUUUUCAUUUUCCAUCUUCUAAUACACUUAAAUAAAGCGGAGUCUCAGGUGGUUGGUCCACAUCAACCAGUAGUUGCAUUAGUUGAUGAUGAUGUUAUUUUACCAUGUCACGUGGAGCCUGCAGAGGAUGUGACAGCUCAGAUAUUGGAGUGGACAAGAUCUGACUUGAACCCAAGAUUUGUCCAUGUGUGGCGAUCCGGUCAGGAUCUGGUGAAUACAAGAAAUCCUUCAUACAGGGGAAGAACAUCACUGUUCAUCAGUGAACUGAAGCAUGGAAACAUUUCACUGAAACUCUCCAGAGUAAAACUCUCAGAUGGAGGAACAUAUGAAUGCAGCUUUCCUUUAAUGGAGAAAAAAUCUUUUGUUAAUCUUGUGGUUGCAUCCGAUGCUGCCACCUCACCUGUCAUCAGUUUAUCAGGGAUUGACAAAAACAGAGGAGGAGUGGUGUUACAGUGUGAGUCUGCAGGCUGGUAUCCAGAGCCUGAGCUGCUGUGGUUGGACGGUGAGGGAAACCUCCUCUCUGCUGGACCUACAGAGACCCUCAGAGGUCCUGAUGACCUCUAUACUGUCAGCAGCAGAGUGACUGUGGAGAAGAGACACAGCAACAACAUCACCUGCAGAGUCCAACAGAGGAACACCAACCAGAGCAGAGAGACACACAUACAUGUUCCAGAGGAUUUCUUUGACAUCACCUCCAGUUCUCCCUCAGUCACAGACACUUCGCCUGUUAGUUUGGCUCUUUGCAUCCUCCUGUUAAUUUUAUCAGUUGUUUUUCUUGUACGUAGAAAGAGGAAACACCUGAUGAGUAAGUCACUGAUUAAUUAUUCUUUACCUUAA